AUGGGAAUUAAUGAGAGGGUCCGUGUCGGAGGGUCGCGACCUUUGCCAAUAAAUCACAUGAAGCAAUUGCGAUUUAUGAUUUCAGAUUCUAUUCACUUUGUGAUUCUCAUCAGUAGACAAGGGAAAGUAAGGCUUACGAAAUGGUAUUCACCUUACUCUCAAAAGGAAAGAUCCAAGGUAAUUCGAGAGCUAAGUGGCCAAAUUCUUCCUCGCCCUCCAAAGCUUUGCAACUUUGUGGAGUGGAGAGGACUCAAAGUUGUUUAUAAAAGAUAUGCCAGCCUCUACUUCUGCUUCUGCAUUGAUCAGGAUGAUAAUGAAUUGGAGACCCUCUCCAUCAUUCACCACUAUGUUGAGACACUGGACCGUUAUUUUGGUAGUGUCUGCGAGCUGGAUUUAAUCUUUAAUUUCCAUAAGGCAUAUUACAUGUUGGACGAAAUUUUGCUAGCUGGGCAUGUGCAGGAGACCAGCAAAAGAACUACCUUGAGACUAAUAGUUGCACAGGAGGAGCUGGUAGAGGCUGCUAAAGAGCAAUCCAGUUCAAUAGGCAACAUCAUUGCACAAGCCACCAAAUAA